CUCCUCCACACGGCCACGAAGAAGUCCAUCCCAUUUACGAACACCCUAAGGGUCCUCGUUGUUUCCCCAUCAUGAAGAAGUUGAAGAGUAUGGCGGAUCGCCAAAAGAAGCGUUUAAAUAUUAAACGUCUGCAUUUGGGCAAGGAUGAUAAGGUCGCUCCCACGCCUGGGAAGGAACCGAAAAUUCUCAAUUUGAAAAACUCACCCAAGGCCCAAAGAAGUGAUAUUGCCCAUUUCGAAAAACAAGAUUCGGAUGAUAUUUUGGAAAUUGAGGAAUUGGAUGAAUCACCAAGUCGCAAACGUUUGGGAAGACAAGGUGAGGCCGAUGAUGAGAACCCAAGUAGCAGCAUUGUGGAACCGGAGGAAAUCAUUGAAAUUAAAGAUGUCACCUCGGCUCCUGCGGAAAAUGAAGAAGUCGAUGCCAAGAAGGUUGAGCAGGAGGAGGAUCAAGGAUCCACACCACCCAAAAAGGCGCCACGUUUGCGUCGCGAACAUGUCUAUGAGGAAAUUGAUCAACCUGAAGAUGCUGGCAUGCCUGCUGCUGAAGAGUUGAAAUUCAUUUUGGAUGCCACCUCAGUGGAUGCCCUCAAACAAUCUCUGGCCACUCAGGAUAGCAGUGCUGUGAAAGAAGUGGCUGCCAAUAAAAAUGCCAUCCCUCUUGAUCGCAUGGGUAGCAGUGAAGAGGAAGUUAUGGGUUUAACUGAGCGUGCCACACCCGAACGUAAAUCGAAUACUCUAUUGGCACCGAUUUCUUCCAUAGAUUCUGCUUCGUCCGAUGAAGUUUGUAAUCGACCACAAUUGCAACCGGUUACCGAAGAAGAACAGGAUGAGGAAGAAGAGGAGAAACCAGCUGCCGUAGAUGAGAAACCUGUCGAAGCUAGUCAUUUGAAAGUGGAAACUGCUGCUGAAAAUAGCGAAAGCCGAGUCUCAAUGAAAAAAGAAGCCUCACCAGCACCUUCGGAAAAGAAGGUAGUUACCUUUUCACAUGUCGAAGAUGAAGCUGAGCCACAUCGCGAAGACAUUGAAUUGCCUGCUGAACAAAUGGAAGCCGCCAAGGAGGCCAAUAAAUUAAAGGCAACUGUCAAGUAUGUAGACCAAGGCGAUCAUGAAUAUGAACCUAUUGGAAUGCCUUCCUCAGAAGAUAAACCAUCUUCCGAAGUUAAGGAUCAACAUCCAAGUGAAUCUCAAAUGGCAAGCGGCGAACAGGGUGAACCCAUUAAAACCGCUGAAGAUUAUCAACGCGAAAUUGAGGAGCAAUUCUUUAAACCCGCUGAUGGUAAACCCACACCCCAAACCGAACUAAAUGUGGAAGCAGAUGAAGAACCCAUCCCAGAUGAAGCAGCUGCAGAAGAAGAAACAGGUCAGACGAAGAGUGGCAUGAAAAGUUUUAUGGCUUCGGCUCAAGAUCGUGGCAGGAAAAUGCAAAUGGGCUUGAAAACCCAAGCGGGCAAGCUGAGAACUAAAUUUAAGGCCACUCCCAAAAAAUCUCCCUCAAGCAGUCCCAAGGCCAAGGAGCGCAGGAAGUUCAAGGCACCAGAAUUUUCGAAAAUGAAAAUGCCUGACAUAAAACGACCGGAUAUGUCCAAGUUCAAGGAUUUCAAGAGGCCAGAAUUUACGAAGUUCUCUAAACCCGACAUGAGUAAAUUUAAAUUGCCUGAAAUGUCUGGCAUAAAGUUGGGACGUAGUAAAUCGUUUAAGGAAACCGAGACUACAAUCACCGAUGAGGAUAUGUCCUUGGAUGUGCCCACCAAAAAGGGUACAACUGAGGCCACUACCUCGCCCCAGAAGAAAUUAUUUGAUUUCAAUUUUGGUACCUAUCCAAGGGUCUUGCGUAAGAAAAAGAAACCCAUUGAACCGGAAUCUUCAUUCGACACAGGCACCGCCACUGAGGCCACAAGUGUUAUACCCAGUACCACAACCCAACCUUCGGUGGAAUCUUCAAGUUCACCACAGGGUGAUCGUGGCCCAGGACCUGUAAGAUCCCGUUGGGCAGAUAAAUUCUCCGAUGUCAGUUUCAAUGACAGUGAAGGUUCACGUUAUAGACGUUAUGGCAGUGAAUUGGAAAGUUUUGACAGAGAAUCAUCCCUAGAGCGACGUAUGCGUGAGGAUCUGGAAGAUACUGUGAGUGAGGAGCCCCACGAGACUGGUGGCAUGGGUAUUUUGGCUGGGGUAACCGACAACAAGGAGUUCGCCGAAUUCGAUGAAGAAAAUCGUGCCAUUCAUGAAAUUUCCAAUCUCCGUUCCCGUGAAUUUAAACGUCGUCCCAUUGUUCAUCAAGACUCUGAUGUUCGUUCCGAAGAGGAUGCUGUGGGAUGGACGGAGAAGGAAAUCCAAAAGAAUAUUUUACUACGUAAGGCUGAAAUUGAAGCAGAGGCUAGCUAUCAUAAAUAUGAUGAUGCCGCCCGACAUGAUACCCAAUCGACAGCUAGCUCAGGAAAGAAGGUGGUCCUCGAAGAGAUCGGUGAAGAUGAAUUCUUCUUGCGUAAACGCGGUAUAUCCCAGGACAACAUCGAAAUCAAUCAAUACAUCCGUAAUGCGUUCCGUCAGGGUGAGGAGUAUGAUAAACCGAUCAAUAGCCUACAACAUGUGGGCCAGACGCGGGAUUAUGGAGACUACGACGUGCCACCGCCCAAACCCAGGAGGCUGCAUAAAAUCUAUCAGCCCCAACAAAAUGAUUCUCAAGAAUUUGGUUCCUAUGGUGAUAACUUUUCGGUGUCACAAAAUGGAAGUGAUUAUUUCAGUGGCAGUGGUGGACAACCCCCACGAAGGCCAAUGCGUAAGUCACGCAGUCGCAGUAAAUAUUCCAUGGACAGUCAAGAUGUCCGCUACAUGGAUGAAGAAUAUUUGCGUGAGCCGUCACAUGAAAAUGUCAGUGGCGUGUGGAAUGAUUUGAAUAUGACGGUUACGGGUAAGGAAAAUAUUCCCGUACGACAUGAACAUCGAUUGGAGGAUGAGAACGAUGAUAUUUCAAGGCCACAACCGCCGAGACGUCAGAAGCGACGUCGUGAUACAUCUAUGGAUAAAGAUUCCUAUAUAAAUGGUUUUGGAGGACGCUCGGUGUCGAAUAGUUAUUUGCAGCCAACCGAAGAUGUAAUCGUUUAUCGCACUGAACAUGAAUAUCAUCAUGUACCAAUUGCAACUCCCGACAAAUACUCGGAUUCAUUGUCAGCAAAUAAGUCUACAUCACAUUACGAUUUAGAUGACCAGGGAUCAAGGGGUGCCAUAUCCCUGGACCAUCAAAAUGAUGAGGCAAUUGAUGUCACCGAUAAAUAUGUUAUUGAAAUGUUGGAAAAUGAUGGUUACGCCGUUGUACGCAAGGAACAACUACCAAAGCCCACGCCACCGGCAAGACGUAAACGUUUCGCCCAUUUACCCGGUGAUCGUUUUGCCACCAUGCCCAAUAUGAGAACCAAACGCAGUACACCACCACCCGAUAGGCCACCACCACCACGUGGAUAUACCCCAGUAUCAGAUGUAGUUAUGCCAACGAUACGCAAGUCAGCCCUUAGUUUAGAUGCUCGUCCCAACUAUCGUGAUGAUGACGAUUACGAAGAACCUGGAAGACCUGAAUCACCGCGUAAUCUGCAAUCUGGCGACAUUAUCAAUAAAAUGAAAUAUCGUCCAUUGCCACCACCGCCACGUCCACCUAGAGAGAAACGCAAUCGUUCACAGAGUAAAGGAUCCGAGAUGGGACAAAAAUCUCACACCGGUGACGAUGAAGUUGAUAUUGUUGAUGGCAUCGAAUCCGAUGGUAAUGUCGAACGUCAAUUUGAAGAAGUUGAAGCCUCAACACAAACUGAUCCACUGCCCGAUGACUUUGUAUGCGAAGAAUUCGAAAUAACCGAUGAUAUGAAAAUUAUCGAACCGAGGAUAAUACCCAAAACAAUUGAGGAAAUGCUGCAGGAGGAAUUGGAAAAGGAACUACAAAAUGUCAAUCACCAAGUUAUUGAUAGUGAACAGUUGGCUAGAGGUUUGCAACGUUUCCGGGAAUCGAAUCAGAGAAGUUUAUCGGAAAGAUCCAGGGCGUCAUCGCAGGCGGAUCGUUCCAAGUCCCAAAGUAGACCACAAACACCCUCGGCUAUAUUGGUGGAGAGGCAAUCAUCGACACCUGUGAUGAAGGAUAAGGAUGGUGAACCGAUGUUGGAGGCAUCACUGAUUGUACGACCCAUUGAUGACUUGGAAUUAGAGGAAGAAGAAUUGAGAAGAGAGGGAUUGCUUACCGACGAAUCACAACACAGUGGCGUUGGGGAACACAAAGAUGAUCUUCAGGUACCGGUUAGUGAGGCUAGUUAUGCUCCCAGUUCCACAGAUAUUGAUGAGGCAUUGGGCCACUUGGCUUCGGAUCAAGAAACUCAACAAACCGAUGAAGAGGUGGAACGCACCCUACAGAGAUAUCGCGAUGAAUUGGAUGAAAUCGGUAGACAGCUAAUGGAAACCCAAACCACAUCGCAGGAAGAUAUACGCGAAAGUGAUAGAGAAGAACGCUCGGAAAAAUGGGAACACAGUGAUCGUGAGGAGCCAUCUGAACAAGAGAAAUGGGAGCAUAGUGAUCGUGAAGAAAUGCUCAAGGAACCAUGGCAACUAAGUGAUAUUGAAGAGAUGAGAUCGGAUAUGGAAGACAUUACCUCUGAAAGGGAAGAACUGAAAUCGGAUAUGGAAAUGUUGUCUGAAAGGGAGGAGGAGAGAGAGGAGAUUAUUAGUGAAAAGGAAGAAAAAUCUAUGGAAGAACAUAAAGAAAAAGACGAAAAAGCUGAGGAGUUGUUGGCAGAGGAAGAGUUGGAGGAGGAAGAAAUACCCUUUGAAAAAGAAUUUACACCCUUGGCCACGACUGCUCCAACAAGUUAUCGCGUGGACACACCCACUACCCCAGCACCCAUGCCACCACCUAGAAGGAAAUCUACAACUGCCAUUGACACACGCUAUGAGGGCGAAGAUGAACCUGCAGAGGAAACCAAGGAAGUUGCAAUUAUGCAAACUGUGGCCAAGGCAGAAGAACCCCUGGCAACUUCUGGUACUGGCCUCCCAGCCCACAUAAGUGAACUGGAAGUGGAACGCUUGCGUGUCCACGCCCUACAAGCCGGACAAAUCAUGGUAUCUCAAUUACAUGGCCAACAAAUUGUUUCCGAGGAACUUGAAUGUAAAUCUGGUAAUAUUGUGGUCAAAAAUAUUGAGUUGCCACCCGGCCUUAUCGAAGACAUUGUGGAAAGAGUAAGACAAACGGAACGUUCACAGCAUUUGACCGUGGAAACACAAACAAGUCAACAGAAUAGCAGCAACGAACCCAGUCCUCAAAGGGAAGUGGUGCCACCACCUAAACCUCCACGUCUGAGGGAUUUGGAGGCCAAGGCCAAACAAAGUGAAGUAACAACAGUUCGAAACACAGAUGAACAGACACAAACCGAUGUGGACACAGCCGCCGCAGCACCAAGUGUGACAGUGCCGCCGACAGUACCAGCAGUCAAUGUUUUCCCCACAGCUGAAUAUUUGCAGCAGUUGGCUCCAUUGGCCUUCUACAAUUUGCACAGAGCCCAAGCUGAUAUGGCAGAACAGACAGAACGAACAAGACGUAGACGUUCAGUAUCACCAGCCGGCGAUGAAGCUCAUAAAUCAGUGGAGAGUUCUGAUGAAACCGCGCCACGACGUAGACGUACCCGUAGUACUCGCACCCCCUCCCCCGAAGAUCCACAAAGUGUUACCAAAGCCGGUCGUAAAUUUAUUACAGCCUGUAGUUUAUCCCUGGCCAAGAUCAUCAAUCAACUGACCGAUUACGUACGAGGCAAGGAACCCAAAGAGGGUGUCGAGGAUGCCACCGGUGUUAGGAGUAGUCAUGUACCCGCCUUGGCGGUCCUUUUCAUUGUCAUCACAUUCUGUGUUUUGAUAUUCUUGUUGACCGGACGCAAUGUGCACACACAUCAUUGGGACUACUUCAAUCCACCAGGACAUGAGGGGCGUCCUUCAUAGGAAUGCCAGAAACCUC